AUGACUGCCAAUCUGGAUGACGAACUGUUCACCAGUGCCAUCUCCGGAUACCGCGAAGCAUUUUUGGUCCAACACUCCCACCUCUCGGAAUCUGAACGAAAUCAGCUUUGGAUUGAACGGCUGAGUCGGUUCAUCCCGGCCUCCAACGACCGGGGUACCAACUGGCAGCACGCUGGAAGCCUGGGGAAACGGACUCGACAGGAUGCGACACCACGGACGUUGCCAUCUUCUGAUUUGGGUCUUCCUCGGGCAAAACGGAGAGCCACCACCCCGGAUCUCUCAGCCGACCUAACACGAGACCUAUCCCACGCCUCAUCGCCCGAUCUACCUUGGAAUGGCGCUGCCUUCUCGGGACAAGGCUCCUAUCGACACACGGCCAUGGAGCGCUCCAAGAGCCAGCAAAUACCGGUCUCCCACCAGCACCAGCCAGCCGGUGCGGCCAUAGGUAAACGCCAAUCCUUCGUCCCGGUACGGACCCAUGUCGAAUUUUCGCCAUCCGAGUACACUAAGUAUUUGGACACCUCUCCCAGUCAAGCCCUUGACUCGCCCUUGACUUUCGGACUCGCAAAUAAUGGACAAAUCGGACCAUCUUUCCCUCGAUACCCUGACCGGACAUCCCCCUGGACCGACCAGGCUCCACCAGCUGCGCCGGAGAUGUCCCGCAGCACGACUACCGACUCCUUAAUAGGCGGAAUCAGCAUGUUCCGCUUCGACUCGACCGGACCAUCCCACUAUCAAGAACCGACCAGCUCCGUCCCGCCAGAGUGGGUGCCAACAUCUACAUCAGGCCUGCCGUAUCAAGACCCCUUUCUCUCCCCUGCGUACCCUGAACUAGAUCCCACAUCGUCUUCCCCGUUCUCCCACCAAUCCCCCCCCUUCUCCAACCCGUCAUUCUCAGCAUCAGCUCCCCCAACCACCUCCUUCCACUACCCAAUUCCAAACGAUCGCCUCACCUUGGACUCAGUGGAGAUGAAACCUGUCGACUCCAUCGACGGGAAUAACCUGGCAAUGCAGCACUCUCGCGCCGCGCGCCGCACGAAAGAGCAAAUCGCCCAGGCCGCGCGCCCCAUUGCUCCAAAAAUCGAGUCUGUCGACAGCAGCAUGUCCCAGAUCGACUCCCACAAGAUGCUCCGCAUCUCCUCAGCAGAUGGCACAACAAAGGAAGUCGCCGCUAUCCCGAAGGCCUCCGUGCGACGACCCCCGCGACCAAAGACAUACUGCCGCAUGUGCACAGACCAUCCAGAUGGCUUCCACGGCGAACACGAGCUGCGCCGCCAUAUCGAGCGCGUGCACGCCUCCGUCCGCACGGUCUGGGUCUGCAACGAUAUUUCGCCUGGCAAGUACUUCCUUGCAAACUGCAAGGCUUGUCGCAAUGGGAAGCGCUAUGGUGCCAAUUAUAAUGCUGCUGCGCAUCUGCGCCGCACGCAUUUCAAUCCAUGUGAGCGGGGCCGUGGGGGUCGCGGGAAAGAUAGUGAGAAGCGCGGUGGGAAGGGUGGAGGUAACCAACCUGGCAUGGAUGUCUUGAAACAUUGGAUGAUUGCCGCUGAGGAAGUCACCGACGAGGCGGCUGGCGGUGGCUCCAACUCGAGGCUUCUGAUUCGGAAUCCUAGCCGUGUUUCGACUAGGGACCCUGGGUAUCAGCUUGCUGUCGCUGCUUGUGGCCUGGUGGAGAGUCAGCCUCCCUAUGUUGUGAAGUCAGCUCUGCUGAAGGAGUCUGACCAAUUCCCCGAGUUUGCUGAUGCGCCGUUUGAGUUUGACUUUGAGCUGGACCUUGAUCUCAAACUCGAUGUUGAGGGCUCGACGGAUUCCUCGUUCUCCGAUUCGCAGUCAUCCUGUAUGCCUGAUAUUGAUUCAUAUGUCAAGUGA